CAGAGGCCUGUCAAUGUGUAGAAUUCUACCAUUACAUUCGCGAAAAUGAUCGGGAAAAUCUUCUUGUUAACAGCAUGCUGCUGUGCAUCCCUACUGUCUGUGUCUGCUUCUGAGGAAUCACAGGACACCUUGUCGACCACACUUCAUGAUGAAAUGAAGCAGGUGGCUAAUUAUGUUAAAUUUUUAACUAAUGAUGAAAAUAAAGAAUCUUUAGAAGAAAAGUUCAAGGAAGUCGAUAUGCCUUCGGAUUGUUCUCGUGAUGCUCUUAAAGCUUUAAAAGACAUUUUAGUUGUUCUUAAAGAAGAAAUUCCAUUUGAAACAUCCUUAUUUGAUAACGAGGUACUUAGAGAAUUAGAAAUUCAGGACCAAGAUCAGAUUUUCAAAUCUCUUCUUGAAAGAGUACCCUUAAUAAAAACAAUGCUUACUGAAUUUAAUGCUUUCCUCAAUGACAACCCUCAACGUUUGUUGGCGGAUAAAAACGGAGAAGUGACUAAAUAUUACAAAAAGCAUAUAUCCGCAAAGGAUGCUAACGUAAAGGAUUACAAAACUAUGGUCAAGUUUUGCAACGAUUUUCUAGACAGUAAAUCUCCAUUCAUGAGACUAUAUAAGCAUCUCAAUGAAUAUGAUGAGUUAGUGAAGAAGAAGCCAGCACAAGAAUCUUCCCCUGCUCCUUCAUCCGCGCAAAGACCUGCUGAAACCCAACAAACUCAGGAUUCAGCUGCACCUAGCACUCCCGCAGCUCCUUCACCCCCGCAAAGACCUGCUGAAACCCAACAAACUCAGGAUUCAACUGCACCUGGCACUCCCGCAGCUCCCUCUCCUCAGGGACCAACUGCUGAAAGCCCAUCCCAAGCUGACCACCCAACCAAACCUACUCAGACACCUGAAGGUAACCUCCAAGGACAACAGGGUACAACCAAGCCAGCCGGAUCUUCAUUCACCUAUGGCGGAUUGACUGUGGCCACUCUCUGCUACUUCGUUCUCUCUGCAUUUUAAUAACUAAUGGUAGUGACACAAUAGUUUUGUAAACUCAUGUUUUUU